AUGGAGUUUGUCUCGGAGCCCUUCGAGAUCUUCGACUUUGACUUCGCCACUCCACCGCCCGGCGGACGCCGGAAGCGCCUCACGGUCCCAAUGAGUGUGGAGACGGUGGCGCAUGGAGUGGCGUUUUGGUUUGAUGCGCAGCUCUUUGAGGAUGUGCAGCUUUCUAUGGCGCCCUCGGCACCAUCGUGCGAGACGUCGCUACACGGCACUGUCGUGGUGCGGGAGCACUGGCGACAGGCGGUGCUGUGCUUCCGACAGCCGCUGUCACCGACAAGGCCGCUGCCACCAGGCGCCGUGGGCGACGACGGCGCUGUGAGUGAGACGUCGCCUGGAGUUGAGCUGGAACUGCACCACGAUGAUGAUGACAUUUGGGUCACCGUGCCGCGCGGCACGGCGGCUGCGGUGGCGAAGUCAGCAGGGAAGCCACCCAGAUGCAGAUGUGGCCUGCACGUGGCGACCAGCCGCCGUCGCUUGGGCAUGGACCACCGUCGUCAGGCCACACUCCCUGCACCCACCGCGAACGGCAUGCUGGUCUUGGGCGAUGGAGCAGAGCUGCCAGUGCAGUUGGCGCAGCAGGGCUACAACCCCGUGAUUUCUGUCGGACGGGGACUUUUGAACGCCACACUGGUGCAGAAGUUGGCUGAACACCACCAGCUGAAGCUUCGUGUGGCCACACGGAUGGGGCAGCUCGUCCCAGGAGACGAGCUUGGCCAGGUUCCACAGAAGAGGCCUGCAGGUGACGCUCUACAGGAGGCUGACAGUGAGAGCGAGGAGGACUUCCACUGGGUGCACUUGGUGGCCCGUUUGGCCCAGGAGUAUCCUGAAACCCACUGGAGUGUCUUCACAGAGCCCUGGUAUGAAGAGCUCUCCGAGGAUUGGGGUUUUCAGCAUUUCGCCCAAGCCGCACGGGACGCCGAAGCGCUGCGAACAGCUGGGCUCUCUCUCCAUCUCACGGCCUCGCCGCCGCUGCGCUGCGCCGCCUUCCGCAGCGAGAGCCUGGUGAGGCGUUUGCAACCCCUUCCAGAGGAUUGUGCAGCUUGGAGAGGCUUGGACUUGAGGGCUUUGAACCAGCUCCAUGAAGGGCAGCGUUCGGUGGACGUGUGGCACCUGAAAGCGGCGGGCUUGCUGUCCAUGAGCUCGAACUCCUUGGAGCUGGGCGAAGUGGAUUGGUACCUGGACCAGGAGGUUGAAGGCACACUUCAAUGUCAUGAGCGCUUUGAUGGUUUGCUGCUAUGGUUAGAGCCAUGCCAGGGCAGCGACUGCUACGAUGCCCUGGUCUCUGAUGAGCCGCUACGCGUAAGUGACUUAAGGCAUCACCGCUUCGGGGUGCUCGUGGUGCCUCAACAGGCAGAGGUGCCAGCUGGAGAAGUCUUUGUGCACCUCAGGCUUCGUCGCGAUGGAGAUGUUGAAGUGCUUCGGAUCGAGAAGAAAACGCAGCGACGGAUCCAGGGCGCUGCCGGCGCUGCCUAUGAUGCGGCGCACAAGGCGGAGUUCGAUGAGAUCCUCAAGACGGGGACGAGCUUAAAGAGAAUGAAGACGGAAAGCUCCUUCGCCACCGUGGCCAAUUCGCCCAAGUGGAUCAAACUCGAUGGCAUCCAUCAGCGCUACGUCAAGCGGGUGAAGCUGGAGGGGGUGUCCUGGAUCCUGUCGGCCAAAGGUUCACUCUUCGUCGGUGCGGCCAUCGCUGUUCAGUGCAUCGUCAUGGGCUUGGAACUGGAACUGGAGUUGGAGCUGCAACACUCGGAGGGUCCCACGACACUCCGGCAACAAGGUGGCCCAGCCUUCUACACCCUGUUGGUGGUGGACUGUUUGUUGCUGGUGAUUUUUUUAGUGGAGUACAUCUUGAGGAGCAGAGCCUUGAGGUGGAAACACAUUUGUUCUCCUUUGGGCGUCUUAGACUUGAUUCUGCUUCUGGGCGGCUCCGGCUACGUGGGACUGGUCCAGUUUUCGAGCAUUCAGAUCAGUGGAACGAUGCUGGGAGUGGUCCGGGCGGUGCGACUGCUGCGCAUCCUGCGAAUGGUGCAUCUCUUGCAGAUCCUCCCGGCCUUGGCCUUGCUGGUGAAAGGUCUCGUCAGCACGAUUAUCACCAUCAUGGAUGCGAUGAUCCUACUGGGCAUUAUCUCCUAUAUCGGAGCCUUGAUCUGUAGCGAGGUCCUGGGCCGCAAGGAUCCCCAGCUCGGGAACUUCUUCAGCUCGGUCCCUUUGAGCUUCUUGACACACAUCCAGCUGGUCUUAGUGGAGGGUUGGCCCACGAUCUCUGCAGCGAUGCUGAAUGAUUCAAAGUUUUGGGCGGCUUAUUUGGUGGUCUUCAUUUGCUUGAGCAACUUUGCCCUCCUGAACCUGGUCACAGGUGUGGUGUGCGAGCGGGUCAUGGAGCUGGCCCGACAGCUGCCACCCGCCUCGUUCGAAGAGAAGGAGUUCGAGUUCGAGAUGCUGAAACAACAGGUGGCGGAGUUGUACGAAGCGACUCCCAAGAAGAAGUCCAAGUACUUGUCGCAGCAUGAGUAUAUCAGGCUCUUCAAGUCGGUUCUGGCCAAUGAGGUUCUGGAUGACUUAAAGGUGACCCUGCCAUCGCAGAAUGACCUGCUGCAGUGCUUGAUUGAUGAAGAUGCCAAUGGCAAAGUGACUUGUAGCGAGCUUCAAGAAGGUCUCAUGCGCUUGCGCUCCAACCGCUUCGACGAGGUGAGUCGCGCCAUGCAAUGCACGGUGCGGAAGUGCACGAACCGGAGCUUUCGAGAGUUGGGCAGCGCAGAGAGGAAGCUGAAAGCUGCAAUCUGCGAAGUCUUUCAAGCGCGGACUUCGAACCUGCAGGGCCAGUUGAGGAGCACCAUGGAUUCCACCAUGGACCACGCGGAGGAGCAAAUAUCAGAGCUUCGCAGGAAAGAGGUGAGAAAACAAGAGAAGAAUCUGAUGGAAACGACCUAUGCCAUGAAGACCUUGUCCUAUGCCAUUGCGGCCUUGCAGAAAGAAUGCUCGAAUGCAUUUCUACCCAGCAUUGGAGCUUUGAGUGACUACAAAGGAAACACGACUGCUCGAACUGCCUGUUCUACGCAGACCGAGCUCACUGGUUCACCACCCAGCUCGCCUAGACAUCGAGUCGUCUCGCUUCACUUCAACCACCAGCGCUCGGAGACCUCCAAGGGCUCCGACGGCUCGGGAUCCUCGAGCAGUCGAGUCAGCUCACCACAGGGAGACUCGUCGCCCAGAUCUCCGACGAGUGAAGCCUCAGGGAGACUCGGCAGACCCCGCGAGGCGCGCAGAGGCUCCGCACGCAAUGGCUCGGCGCUGGCCGGUUCCGGAGCCGGAGCCGGUUCCGCGAGCGAGGUCCCUUGA